UUCACAAUGACCCAUCCACAGAGGCCUGCUAAGAAUAUCUCCGCCUUCAAUCUCGCGCUCAGCUCGCCUUCUAUUUCGAGACACUCACCUCUCCGGCAAGCCUCUUCGUUCUGUUCUAUCUCAUUUUUCUUCAUUUUAUUUAAUUUUCCCCCAUUUUUUUUGUUUGAUAUAAAAAGCGACAAAAUUCCCGAUCAAAAUUCCAGAAAAGGUACAAUCUAUCAUUAAUGCCGUCUCUUUCUACGUACAUGGUAUAAUUUUUGGUAAAUGAUUUUGAUGAAGAUUAUAUUAGGUUAGGCAUUAGAGAUAAUAGAAUGGAAGAUAAGGACCCGAAUGAGCAUGGUAAAAGUCAUGGUAAAGAGGUAGAAUCAUAUAGAGAAGGCCUUGAGAGGGGUGAAAGAGUAGGGGUACUCGAGAGAGAAAAUGUUGUGCAAAAUAAUGUUGUUUCACAUGGAGGUGAGUCUGCAGGAUCAGUUUUAAAUGAUGAUAUGUUUGAACAUGUUUCAUUGAAAGAUCAUGACAAAAGUGUGGCUGAAUUUAAUCAAUCUCAGUCUCCAAGAUCUGAUACUCUGAGACAUUCAUCACGUGGGAGUGAGGGUAACUUCGAAUUUUCAUUUGGAAAAGUUCAAUCUGGGAGUAAUUCUCCUCCAGAUGCUGAGUCAUACCAUGAAUGCCAUUUCUCAGGCCCUGGGCUUGAGAGACUAUCUCCUUCUGGUGAUGACAAUAGACCAUCAUUUUCUUCUCUUGAUGCUGCAAUAUAUGAUUAUGCAUAUGGGGAUGCUGGAAACUCCCCUUCAGACUCCCCACAAAAGCCAAAGCAGAAACAGGUUGUGCCAAAUGUGUCACCCGAGCUCUUGCAUUUAGUAGAUUCUGCUAUCAUGGGAAAGCCUGAAAGCUUGGAUAAGCUGAAGAAUAUUGUGAGUGGUGUUGAAAGUUAUGGGAAUGGAGAGGAUGCCGAUGCUAUUGCAUUCUUGGUAAUUGAUUCACUUCUUGCCACGAUGGGAGGCGUUGAGUCUUUUGAAGAGGAGGAUACUAAUCCACCCAGUGUGAUGUUGAACUCUAGGGCUGCCAUUGUAGCAGCUGAGCUCAUUCCUUGGCUUUCUUCAAUUGGGGACAUUGCGGGUCUUAUGUCUCCAAGAACUAGGAUGGUGAGAGGGUUACUUGCUAUUUUGCGUGCUUGCACUCGAAAUCGUGCCAUGUGCUCUGCAGCUGGUCUAUUAGCAGUCCUUCUGUGUUCAGCUGAGAAGAUUUUCCUUCAUGAUAGUUCUAAAACAGAGCAAUCAAGAUGGGAUGGAACUCCUUUAUGCUAUUGCAUUCAGUACUUAGCUGGGCAUUCUCUUAGUUUAAGUGAUCUGCAUAGAUGGUUUGAAGUAAUAACAAGAACAAUUGCCACGGAAUGGGCUUCUCACUUGAUGCUUUCUUUGGAGAAGGCCAUGGCUGGGAAAGAGUCAACAGGUCCGGUAUGUACCUUUGAGUUUGAUGGGGAAAGUUCUGGUUUGCUUGGUCCAGGGGAGAACCGCUGGCCUUUCACCAAUGGAUAUGCAUUUGCUACAUGGAUCUACAUUGAGUCAUUUGGUGACACUUUGAAUUCAGCAACUGUUGCUGCUGCUGUUGCUGCAGCUGCCACAUCAGGGAAAUCAUCUGCUAUGUCUGUUGCUGCCGCCGCCAGUGCACUUUCUGGUGAAAGCACAGCUCACAUGCCAAGGCUGUUCAGCUUUUUAUCUGCUGAUAAUCAAGGGAUGGAAGCAUACUUCCAUGCACAGUUCUUGGUGGUUGAAUAUAGCAGUGGGAAAGGAAGGAAAGCCUCUUUUCAUUUUACUCAUGCAUUCAAGCCUCAGUGUUGGUAUUUUCUUGGCCUUGAACAGACUUGUAAGCAAGGGCUCCUUGGAAAAGCUGAGAGUGAGCUAAGGCUAUAUAUAGAUGGAUCCUUGUAUGAAAGUCGUCCAUUUGAUUUCCCUCGAAUCUCAAAGCCGCUUGCAUUUUGCUGUAUUGGGACUAACCCUCCUCCAACCAUGGCUGCUUUACAACGGCGCCGCCGCCAGUGCCCUUUAUUUGCUGAGCUGGGUCCUAUAUAUAUUUUCAAAGAACCUAUUGGACCAGAGAGAAUGGCACGUUUGUCUUCAAGAGGUGGGGAUGUGCUCCCUUCCUUUGGUCAUGGACUGGCAGAGGAAAGUUCUCUUUUGGAUGAAGAAAUUGGAGGAUGCCUUCAUCUCCUUUAUCAUCCUAGCUUGCUUACUGGGCGUUACUGUUCAGAUGCUUCCCCAUCCAGUGCAUUAGGUAUGCAUCAAAGACCUGCAGAGGUUCUUGGACAAGUUCACGUUGCUACAAGAAUGCGUCCUGCUGAAACUCUAUGGGCCUUGGCCUAUGGAGGUCCCAUGUCAUUACUUCCUCUGGCAAUAAGCAAUGUGCAUGAGAAUAGCUUGGAACCUCAGCAAGGUGACCUUUCUUUGUCUCUGGCCACUACUGCUAUAGCUGCUCCUAUUUUCAGAAUUAUCUCUUUGGCUAUUCAAUAUCGUGGAAAUAAUGAAGAAUUGAGUCGUAGAAGAGGACCUGAAGUCUUGUCAAGAAUCUUAAACUACCUUUUACGAACUUUAUCUUCACUUGAUGAUGUGAAGCGUGAUGGAGUAGGGGAUGAGGAGCUCAUUGCUGCAGUUGUCUCCUUAUGCCAAUCUCAGAUAAAUAAUUACAAUCUCAAGGUGCAGCUUUUCAGUAUGCUGCUGCUGGAUCUGAAGAUUUGGAGCUUAUGCAGUUAUGGGUUACAGAAGAAGUUUUUGUCUUUCCUCGCAGAUAUGGUCUUCACGGAGUUAUCAGUUAUGCGUGAUGCUAAUGCUAUUCAGAUGCUUCUAGAUGGCUGCAGGAGAUGCUAUUGGACUAUUCAUGAAAGUGAUUCUGUUAAUACAUUUUCCAUACUUGAGGAAAAACGUCCUGUUGGGGAAGUCAAUGCUUUGGUUGAUGAACUCUUGGUUGUUAUUGAACUUCUACUUGUGGCUUCUCCUCCUUCAUUUGCCUCUGAUGAUGUCCAUUGUUUGCUUGGUUUUAUGGUAGACUGCCCUCAACCAAAUCAGGUUGCCCGGGUCCUACAUCUCAUUCAUAGGUUGGUUGUGCAACCAAAUACUUCCAGGGCUCAGUCAUUUGCUGAAGCAUUUCUAUCGCGUGGUGGUAUAGAGACACUUCUUGUCCUAUUGCAACGGGAAGCAAAGGCUGGAGAUCAUAAUGAUUUGGACUCUUCUGUUCAGAAUGAUACCACUUUCUCAACCCAGAAAACAGAUCUAGAUAGUCAAGACCAGGCUUCAGAAGGUAGUCAAGUAGGCAAUGCUGGAGGCAUGAGAGGAGAAGACAGUUUACACGAAAGGACAUCUGAAUCUGAGCAUCUUAACAAUUCAAGCCCCACUUUCCAAACUAGGUCUAAUAUUGGAAAGGCGCAGUCAUUCAGUGAAAAUGCUUUUUCAAAGACCUUGGGUGGUAUAAGCUUUCUAAUAAGUGCAGAAAAUGCAAGGAAUAAUGUAUAUAAUGUUGAUAGGUGUGAUGGUAUUGUGUUAGGGAUUAUCAACCUCUUAGGUGCUUUAGUUUCAUCAGGAUAUCUCAAAUUUGAUACGCAUGCACCUCCAGAUGUGACAAACAACCUACUAGGUUUGCUUGAGGGAGGAGGCACUAUGUUUGAUGAUAAGGUUUCCCUUCUACUUUUUGCUAUACAAAUGGCUUUCCAAGCAGCACCAAAUAGGCUUAUGACUAGCAGUGCGUACACAGCUUUAUUGGGAGCCUCGCUAAAUGCUUCUUCGACUGAUGAAGGAUUAAACUUUUAUGACUCUUCACACCGAUUUCAGCAUACACAACUUUUGCUGAUUCUCUUACGUUCACUUCCAUAUGCACCAAAGAUUUUGCAAGGUCGAGCACUACAGGAUCUUUUGAUUUUGGCUUGCAGUCAUGCUGUAAACAGAAACAGUCUGACCAAGAUGGAUGAAUGGCCUGAAUGGAUUUUGGAGAUCCUUAUAUCAAAUCAUGAGACAGGAGGGGGUAAGAAUUCUUCAUCCAGCUUGAGAGAUGUUGAAGAUGCUAUACACAAUUUUUUGAUAAUUAUGUUGGAGCAUUCAAUGCGCCAGAAGGAUGGAUGGCAGGAUAUUGAAGCUACAAUUCAUUGUGCAGAAUGGCUUUGUAUGGUGGGUGGUUCUAGCACUGGAGACCAAAGAACCAGACGGGAAGAAUCAUUACCAAUUUUCAAAAGAAGGCUGUUGGGAGGCUUGCUGGACUUUGCUGCAAGAGAAUUGCAGGUUCAGACUGAACUUAUUGCUGCGGCAGCUGCUGGUGUAGCAGCGGAAGGGUUGUCACCUAAGAAUGCUAAAGCUGCAUCAGAGAAUGCUGCCCAACUUUCAGUUAUCUUGAUUGAGAAUGCAAUUGUGAUUUUGAUGCUUGUUGAGGAUCAUUUAAGGCUGCAAAGCAAACUUUACUGUUCCUCACGUUUUCCUGCUGGUUCUGUUACUCCCCUUUCAGUUGUUUUGCCUGUUGGUAAUCGCUCUGCAGCUGCAGCUAGUGGAGAGCCCUCAGAAUCUAUAGCAGACAGUAAUUCAUCAACUACUGAUACUGGAGUUGUCUCAGUUCUUGCUUCAAUGUCUGAUACAAAUGGGCAAGUUUCUGCAUCCUUGAUGGAUCAGCUUACUGCAGCAGCAGCUGCUGAACCUUAUCAAUCAGUUUCUUAUGCAUUUGUAUCAUAUGGAAGCUGUGUUGUAGAUUUGGCUGAGGGGUGGAAGUACAGGAGUCGAUUAUGGUAUGGAGUUGGCUUACCCUCAAAUGCUACAACAUUUGGUGGUGGUGGUAGUUCUUGGGAAACUUGGAAGUCUGCAUUGGAAAAAGACUGUAAUGGAGAUUGGGUUGAACUCCCCUUGAUAAAAAAGUCAGUUGCGAUGCUUGAGGCCCUGUUAUUAGAUGAGUCUGGACUUGGUGGGGGUCUUGGUGUUGGAGGAGCAUCUGGUACUGGAAUGGGAGGCAUGGCAGCACUAUACCAGUUGUUAGACAGUGACCAACCAUUUUUAUGUAUGCUGCGAAUGGUACUUCUUUCAUUGAGGGAAGAAGAUGAUGGCGAGGAUCACAUGCUGCGGAGGCAUGUAAAUGCUGAUGAUGGGUCAUCAGAGGGUUUACAUAAAAAGACUAGCAGUACUGCAUCUUUUGAUGCCAAUGCUUUUAACUUGUCAAGAAAACCACGAUCUUCAUUGUUGUGGAGUGUGCUUUCACCUGUGUUAAACAUGCCAAUAUCUGAAUCCAAGAGGCAAAGAGUUUUGGUUGCAUCAUGUGUUCUAUAUUCUGAGGUGUGGCAUGCAGUUGGUAGGGGCCAACGUCCUCUGCGGAAACAUUAUCUGGAGGAUAUUUUACCUCCAUUUGUUGCUGUUCUAAGGAGGUGGAGACCCCUUUUGGCUGGAAUUCAUGAACUUGCUACUGUAGAUGGUCUGAAUCCUCUUGUUGUUGAUGACCGUGCACUGUCUGCAGAGGCCUUGCCAAUAGAGUCUGCUCUUGCCAUGAUCUCCCCAAGCUGGGCUGCUGCUUUUGCAUCUCCACCUGCUGCAAUGGCAUUGGCAAUGAUUGCCGCUGGUGCUGGUGGAGGGGAAACUCCUCCUCCUGCACCACCUACUCAUCUUAGACGUGAUUCAUCAUUGCUUGAGCGGAAAACAGCUAAGCUUCAUACCUUUUCAAGCUUUCAAAAACCUUUGGAAGGAUCUAGCAAAUCUUCAGCUCUUCCAAAGGACAAAGCUGCUGCAAAAGCAGCUGCACUGGCUGCUGCUCGAGAUCUUGAACGCAAUGCAAAGAUUGGUUCAGGAAGAGGCCUUAGUGCAGUGGCUAUGGCUACCUCUGCACAGAGGAGGAGUAAGAGUGACACGGAGCGUGUGAAGAGAUGGAAUGUUUCUGAAGCCAUGGGAACUGCGUGGAUGGAAUGUUUGCAGACAGUUGAUAGUAAAUCAGUCUACGGGAAAGAUUUUAAUGCCCUAUCCUACAAAUUCAUUGCCGUCUUGGUUGGAAGUUUAGCUUUAGCUAGAAACAUGCAACGAUCUGAGGUUGAAAGGCGCACACAAGCUGAUGUAAUAGCUCAGCAUCGCUUGUACUGUGGAAUACGCGAGUGGCGAAAGCUUAUCCACAGUUUGAUAGAGAUUAAAUGUCUUUUUGGCCCGUUGGGUUAUCGUCUAAACAAUUCCCAGCAUGUUUUCUGGAAGCUAGACAACAUGGAAACUUCUUCAAGGAUGAGAAGAUGUUUGAGAAGAAACCACCGAUGCUCAGAUCAUUAUGGUGCCGCUGCAAAUUAUGGUCGAAUUGGGCCAAAGUUAGAGGAAGUUAAUCUCAUUAGUUCAUCUAAAGCCUCUCUUUUAAUAAAAGAAGCUAUCUUGAUGGAGGAAGCAGAUGAAGAUUAUGAGGAGACCUUACGUUUAGAGUGUGAAUUAGAUGAAACACACCACCAUGGGGAGAUUCAGAACAGAACAAUGACGACUGCUGAGCAGUCACUGCAGGCAUCUUCAGUAUCCCGAGAUCUUCCAGAUGACGCUAAUCCAGACCCAGAGAUGAUGUGGAGCCCACCAGCAGUUGCCCUUGGUUAUGUUUCUAGUGAACAGGAUGAAAGAAUUAUCCUUGAGCUUCCAUCAUCAAUGGUCAGGCCUUUGAAGAUUUUAAGAGGAACACUUCAAAUUACAACAAGAAGAAUCAAUUUUAUCAUUGAUAAUGCUGAGUGCAAUAUUCUUGACCACAUAACUAAGGAUAGGGUACAAGAAAAGGAUCGAAGCUGGCCAAUCUCUUACCUUCGUGAGAUAUAUAGCAGAAGGUACCUUUUGAGGAGAAGUGCAUUGGAAUUAUUUAUGAUUGACCGGUCAAACUUCUUCUUUGAUUUUGGGAAUUCAGAGGCAAGAAGAAAUGCAUAUCAAGCUAUUGUGCAAACUCGUCCUCCUCACUUGAAUAAUAUUUACCUGGCAACUCAGAGACCUGACGAACUCUUAAUAAGAACACAACUCAUGGAACAGUGGGCUCGGCGGGAGAUUAGCAACUUUGAAUAUUUAAUGCAACUUAACACAUUGGCUGGACGCAGUUAUAAUGACAUUACACAGUAUCAUGUUUUUCCAUGGGUUCUAUCUGAUUACAGUUCGAGCACCUUGGAUCUUACCAAUCCUGCUUCUUACCGGGACCUUUCAAAGCCUGUUGGCGCACUAAAAGCUAAUAGACUAAAGAGUUCUGAUGAAGCUGUCCAUUAUGGCUCGCAUUAUUCGAGUGUUGGAUCAGUACUGUAUUAUCUCAUCAGGGUGGAACCCUUUACUACUUUAUCAAUUCAGCUACAAGUUGGCAAAUUUGAUCAUGCAGACACAAUGUUUUCAGAUAUUGCUGCUACAUGGAAAGGAGUUCUUGAGGACAUUACUGAUGUCAAGGAAUUGGUCCCGGAGCUAUUUUAUCUUCCAGAGGCACUCACCAAGCAGAAUUAUGUUAAUUUUGGUGCAACACAAUUAGGAGAAAAGCUUGACACUGUACGACUUCCUCCUUGGGCUGAAAACCCUGUUGAUUUCAUACAUAAGCAUCGGAUGGCACUUGAGAGUGAGCAUGUCUCAGCACAUUUGCAUGAAUGGAUCGAUCUCAUAUUUGGGUAUAAGCAACGUGGUAAAGAAGCUAUUUUGGCAAACAAUGUUUUCUUCUAUGCCACCUACGAAGGGACUGUGGAUAUUGACAAAAUAUCAGACCCAAUCCAACAGCGUGCUAUACAAGAUCAGAUUGCUUAUUUUGGUCAAACACCGUCACAACUUCUGAACUCCCCUCACAUGAAAAGAAUGCCACUAAGAGAUGUUCUUCAUGUACAGACUAUAUUCAGGAAUCCCACUGUUGUUAAGCCAUAUGCUGUUCCUCACCCUGAACGCUGCAACCUACCUGCUGCUGCAAUCCAUGCAUCUUCAGAGUCUCUUGUAAUUGUUGAUAUAAAUGCUCCAGCUGCACAUGUAGCACAAUAUAAAUGGCAACCAAACACACCUGAUGGUCAGGGCGCACCUUUUGUUUUUCAACAUGGAAAAUCCUGUUCCAGUCCUGCCAGUGGAACACUCAAGCGAAUGUUCAAGGGGCCAGCUGACUCUGGCCAAGAAGAUUUGCAUUUUCCCCAGACCCUGGCGUUCCCAGCUUCUGGAAUUAGAAGCUCUGCCACAGUUUCCAUUACUGUUGACCAGGACAUCAUCACUGGUGGGCAUGCUGAUAACAGUGUCAGGCUGAUAUCAGCAGAUACGGCUAAGACUUUGGAAAUAGCAAGGUGGCAUUGUGCUCCUGUAACAUGCCUGGCUACUUCUCCUGAUAGCAAGUAUCUUGUGACAGGAUCUCGAGAUGCAACAGUUUUACUUUGGAGAAUAUAUAGGGCGUCAACAUCAUACUCAGUUAGCACAUCAAGGGUUUCCUCUGACUCUAGUACAACACCUACUGCUGAUAAUAUGACAGCAAAAAGCCCUUUUGACAGAAGGAGGCAUCGAAUUGAGGGUCCCAUACAUGUGCUAAGGGGCCAUUUUGGAGAAAUAUCAUGCUGCUGCAUCAGUACAGAUGUAGGAAUUGUUGUCUCAUGUUCCAACUCAUCAGAUGUCCUGUUGCAUUCAAUAAAAAAGGGCAGAUUAGUCAGAAGACUAGUUUCUGUGGAGGCUCAUGCUGUCUGCCUGUCAUCUAAUGGGAUUAUACUGGCUUGGAACAGAUCUCUUAAAACUCUUAGCACCUUUAAUCUUAAUGGAAUUCUUAUUGCUAGGACAAAUCUUUCUAUCUCCUGUACUGUUGGCUGUAUGGAGGUUUCUGCUGAUGGACAGAAUGCUUUAAUUGGAUUGAACCCAUCUUUGAAUGAUAAUGAUGGAUUUCCUGACAGUAUCAAGUCGCCAAAGUUCGCAACACCAGGGAUAGAAUGUUUUAAUGACGACAAACAUGACACUAAUGAGGGAAAUACACUGGAUAUUUCUCUUCCUUCAAUAUGCUUCAUUGAUCUUUAUAGUCUAAAGGUCUUUUACAUCAAGAAGCUUGCUGCCGGGCAAGAUAUUACAGCUAUGGCUCUGAACAAGGACAACACAAACCUUUUGGUAUCUACUGCUGACAGACAGUUGAUAAUCUUCACAGAUCCUGCUUUGAGCUUAAAUACAGCGGAUCACAUGCCUAAGCUGGGUAGGGAAGGCGAAGUGCUGCUGCUGAGUCCACGUCGGAAAUGAAGAUUUGAACAAAACAAAUCUUUGGUUUUAAUUGAGGCUUGAGAAAGGUUCAGAUCUUCCCUGUAAAUGGCACUUGUAUUGACCAUUUCUGCUUACAGCAUUUAGUCAACCAAAGCUGUACAAAUGAAAUGAUUGUAUCAUACACGUACGGUACACACGAGGAGGAACAAAGUCGCAAUGCUGCCAGCUGAUCUGGACUUUUGAUCUUCAUCAGCUGUUUUUCUUGACCUGAUUCAAUUAAAGGCAAUAUAGAAGAAGAUUAGUGAGCUGUAUAUUUGUUGUUCAGUUUCAUUUUUUAUUUUUUAUUUUUUAUUUUAUUUUAUUUUACCAAGGUGUAGGAUUGUCAUUAGCAGAGUUACUCGAUCUAGCUGUUUAGUAGUAUGUUUAGCCUUUGAAUGUAUAUAUCCAUCUUGAUUUCAGUUUCUGUUCUGUGAUUUGAGCAUAUUGACGUGAAGAGGAAGAAGAAAGGAAUGUUGUUUUUUUUUUUUUUGAAAGAGAAAGGAAUGUUGUUCGUUU